UGAUUUUUCAAAUUUUGAAAUUUCUAAGCUAAUGAUAAGUAAAAGCAUUUUAUUUGCAUCAGUUCAUUAGAUAGAAGCGUUAAUGAUAGAUGUGAAAAUAACAAGUUUUUGCACUGUUUAGAGAUGUUAUUGUGUGUGCUUUGAAGUAACAUGUUUUACAUAAUUCCUGACCUAAAAUAUUCCACAUUAAAUAUAUUAACAGGUCGACGUGGGGCUAACUUUUCUUUUGACUCACAUGAUGACAUAAUGUCAGACAUGGAUAUGUUCAGAGAUGAUGAAUCUGUGUCCAGCUUUGGUGGAUACAAUACAGAUGUGCCAAUGAGUAGCCAAACAACAAGGGAUUAUGACAGAUAUAGCCACUCACUCAAUCCACAUAAUCAACAGAAAACAAUGCCAGCAGCAACUUGGACACCAUCAUGGCGAAAAGGAAAAAGUUCAAGACGAAACACUAUAUUAGGCAAAACCCCAAAAUCUUUUAGCCCAGCAGGACUUACUGGACAAGAAAUGAGAAGACCAAGCAUUGAUGAAAGUAUGUUUCAACCUGGAAGAGGCCAACCAAUGAGUGGCUUUAUGGACAGAAAUCUAAAUUCUAAACCAAAACCCUUUGUAAGUUCAUCAAGUCAAAAUGGGAUCAACAGUGAAAGUCAGAAGCAAACACAAAGUGAAAGAUAUGACAUGCAUAUAAGAAAAGAAACCUAUAACAGCCUAAAUGAUUAUCAAGCCUAUAAUGGUAGAGUGCAAACCAAAGGCCAAAAUCCACGACAGAAUGGACACUACAGUCCUGAGAUACAAAAUGGAGAAAUGACACAAUAUCAACCAGUUCAUGCAAGACAAGGAACCCCCAGAACCCCUGAUGAUAUAAGAAGAGUGUCAACAUCAUUUGUUUCUUUAAGAAAUGACUCUUCAACUCCGACCAGUGUGCUUAACAAUGUACUAGUUGCAGGACAUGCACAGAAUAUGUCAGAUGCACAAGAUCCAGGCACCAAUCCCUCCCCUACUAGAAUCUACUUGCGGUCAAAGCAACAUAGUUUCGCUAGUGAUACUAGCAGCACACCCGAUGUCUUCUCACCUGGUCCCUUCUCUCCUACUGAACCUUCUUAUACUGACAAAAGCUAUCCAUAUAACAACACUAGUGAUCCAAGUAGUCUUGAGACAUGUGAUAACUAUGAUAUGUAUCAAAACACUCACGUUAAUAACACAAGUGGACAAAGCACUUAUGACAAUUUUAACACUACUCCUGAUGUAUUUUAUCCUUCUAGUACCCCAACUAACAAUUCUUUUCAACUCUAUUCACCUAACAACAAUACUUCUAUUUGGUCUACACCACCUUCUGCAAACACUUCAAUUAAUCUUCCCGAUAUGUCUGCUGGCCUGUCCUCAAUUGAGAACCCAAUGACUAACAAUGGCCCAUCGGCAUUUUCCCCAUCUUCAGACUCAAAUGCUAACAACUGGAAACUCAAUAUUAACAACCAUCAAUUAAACAUUGCCUUGGACAACCAUCCCCAGAACACAUGUAACACAGGUCCUGAGAUCAAUGGUUAUGGGCACAGAAAUGGUGAGUAUGGUCAUAUCAUCAAAUACAUUAUUUUAUCUGGUUUAUAGGAGGUUUUGGUGUUUU